ACCCCUCGGGAGCCCACCUAUUCACCGAAUGCCCCUGUGACGAUGGCGACGGGUGACCUCGAUGAUCAUGAAGCGCUCAAGAUGGCCACUCUCCCUUCCAUGGAUCUGGACACGCUUCCCCUGCUCGAGGCUUCUUGGUCACCAGCAUCCCCGGAAGAGGUUCAUGUCUACUCCUCAGGGAGGCCAUAGACUGUACGUGUUGAACGGUUGGGCCUCUCACAGGUUUGAGGGAGGACCCCCUCUUAGGGACUUGAAGAUGGAAGAGCUUGAAGAUGGAAGAGGAAAACGUGGUCGCGUUAUUGUUGUUGUUGUUGUUGUGGCGGUGGUUGUAGGGACAUGCAAAGCACUCCCUCCUCCAUUGACUUUUCGUAUUUCCAUUGUAUCGGGUUGUGAUUGGUUUUUUUCAUGAUUAAACAGUGAUUGAUUGAA